AUGGCUCGCAAACGCAAAGAUGCAACAGAACCCAAAAUCAAACUAGCCCACCCAGAUCGCUCCGGGCCGGCCCCGUCCGAAAAGACCUUGCUCAAAUGGGCCGAAGAGCGAAACCUCUUCGAAGAGGCCAAACGCCGCGAAACCGCAACAGCUGCCCGAACCCAGAAGAAGAAUAAGGGUACCUCCGAUGCGGCGAGCCAAUCAAGUCGGGACGAAGACGACGAGAACGUCUUGACGCCGGGUCAGGAGCGCGUCGCGGAGAGUCUUCUGUGGACUGCGACCCUUGCUAUAUUACAUUUUACUCUUGAUGUCUUGGUGUAUCAACAGUUUGCCCAGGAGAUACGAUGGGAUCGCAUCGCCACCCGGACGGCGCAAGCAUUCGUCGUCUUCCUCGUCCUAUUCUACACACUCCAUCCUCACUAUUCGAAUCCAAACUUCGUCCCCGGCCUGCCAACCCGUUUUCAAAGCCCCGUCCGCCAAGCUAUAUUUUUCGUCGGCAGCGUUGCGGGGGGCUGCUACCUCAUAUACCUCACAAACUCCAAGGGCUAUCUGGCGGUGCAGAAGAAGGCCCCCCCGGUGGCUUGCAUAUGGCUCUGGUCCGUCAUCGAGCUGAAUUUGGGGCUGGCUGUCGCCAGCGUGGCAUGUGUAGCGGCGUUCCUAUGGUACGGUGAUUACGAUAUCAAAUAG